CAUGGUUUGAUUUUUCGGCGUUCGGAUUUUUCCAUGGAAUAUGAUUCGCCUUCUCUAACCGGUGGCACGGAAUUGUUCAUCCACCGAAACUCACAACAUUUUAUUCAAAACCGUUGGUGGAUACAUAAUGAAUGCCAGUGUCGCAGGAUCGCUGGAGAACAGGAUUACUCCCGGACAGUUGGCGAAGCGCGGGAUUCUCACCACCACUACACAGGGUUUUUCGCCCAAUGACCAUCAACUUCACACGAAUCACAUCGCGAAUGACCAACCUGAUACGUGUUCUAUUUCGUCUGUGGAUGUGGUUGGCUCGAAUGAUUUGAAAUUCAUGGAUGACAGCACUUCAUCUUCCUCCUCACUGUCUUCUUCGUUAUCGGGUACGCUCGACGCUGCAUCCGAUUGUUCUGCUGCAGGUUCUCGACAGUCUGAUAGGAUGGUUCAUACCCCAUCACCGUUGAUAAACGGUAAUUCCCAGAAGCAUAUCCCAGUGGUUGCGAACUCAGUCAUCAUCUCUGCUUCCGGUCCAAGCACCAACGUCUCUCACAUCAGUCCCAUUCCUAGUUGUGCUCCUGUCAUCUCCCGUAGAUCUGCACCAGUGGAGGGUUUAUCUUCAUUACCCUUACCACCGAUUUCUCGCUUAAGCGACCGAUCUACGUCCAAGGCAUCUCGGAUACCAGUUCCCACUCGAACGGGUCUUCCUAAACCGGUGUUGUUGCCUCCUCUUCGAUAUACUCACCCAUCUCCUUCACAGUCCCCAUCCAGACAACCACCAGAGCCGAAAAAUGGCAUACUCAAUACUGACUCAGCCAGGGUUUUGUCAAACCAACUGGACUCCGGUGCUCUAGAUUCCCGGUUACCUGGCUCGGUGUCGCGAAAUUCUACCUCACCGGAGCCACCACUCUCAGGGGAUUCCUUUUCUCCAGUUACUAAUGCCACAGAUCCAAGUAAUCAGCUGCUCAAUGGAACCCAAUCAGGUUUUAGUGAGCUCAAUGGGACGGAAGAGGAGGACGAAGAUGAGGUAGCGGCCGUAUAUCCCGAAGCUAUUCGGCUGUCACCGAAAACUCUAAACUACCGACGUCGACUCACCAACUCGCCAGAAUCCGCGACCCCUCCACGAUCUUGUGCUUCUAACGGAUUUGCUUACACCUCCGAUUUGGACCAAGAUUCAAAUAGGUUACAUGACAUGUUUGUGCGACUGUCUGAUUCUGAGUCCGACAACGAAUCUAUCGCUGAGUCGAUUUACCACCAACCCCCGAAAGCUGCGGAUAGGGGAGCAGCGUCCCGGUUGGCGAAGCGCUUGUUUAAUCUCGAUGGUUUUCGUGUUACCGAUGUGGCGAAGCACUUAGGGAAGCGUAAUGACUUCAGUCAACUCGUCGGUGAAGAGUUCGCGAGCUUUUUCGAUUUUACAAACCAACGUCUGGACGCAGCUCUUCGAUCGUUUCUAAACACAUUCUCUUUGACCGGUGAAACUCAAGAGCGUGAACGUAUACUUUUUCACUUCUCUCGACGCUAUCUUUCAUGCAAUCCGGAGGCUUAUCAAUCCGAAGAUGUUUGUCAUACUUUGGUUUGUGCACUAAUGCUAUUGAACACCGAUUUGCACAAUCCGGCAAUCACACGAAAAAUGUCCUGCCAAGAUUUCAUCAACAACCUGGCCCAAGUGCAUUGUGGAGACUGUUUCUCUCGGGAAGAUUUGAAAACACUGUAUAAUUCGAUCAAGCAGGACCCUAUUCGGUGGCCUCACUCUGACGCCAACAUGAUGGGUGGCUAUUUGAAUAUAUACUAUCCCGGUCCUCCAAGUGCCUAUGCUCCCGGUACCCCAAUACCCGCUAGUUUGGUGACCCCACAAGGCUAUUUCCCAAAUCCCAACCAAGCUCAAGUCAUGUUCAGUCCGGCGGGCUUCAACCCAGCUCCUUACGGACCGUAUUCGAUGGUCCCCUACCCGUAUUCUCCAGGUCCGUCUCCACAACAACCUCAUCCAAUGCAGCCUUUGUUCCCCGGUACGCAAGUUCCUGCAUCAGUCCCCGCAUUUUAUUGGAAUAAUGCGAUCCCCUCUUCGCCAGCUCCGUUCGCUCCUCCGACCGCGGCUGGAUUACCUGGAUCUAACCAGCUCGCAACCAUGUACACCGCACAAACUCCUCAACUCCGCCCACGCAAACUAACUGGGCUAUCAGGCAGUAGCCCAUUCCUUGAUCUGGCUGCAGAGACGAAUGCUCGAGAAUAUAUGAGAGGAUUCCUCGUUCGUAAGUGGGUGAUGGAGUCUCAUGGAAAGAAAACCUCGAUUGGGCGUCGGGGUUGGAAAGUAUACUACGCUCGACUACGAGAUUUGGUUUUGUAUUUGUACAAAAAUGCUAUUGUUGCAAACGCUGCGGCCAGAGCUGAGGAGAUGCAUCAAUUGCACCAGCAACAGCAGGCUCGUUUUAACCAUUGGACGGCAUUUCAAGCGCAGCAGCAGCAACUCAUGCUCCAACAGAAACCGAUUGAACCGCCAGAUGAAACGACAAAUGAGCAGGAGCUACCAGACGGGUCUCAAGAACACGUGGAACAAGUUUCCCAACAGUGUUUUCCGCACGAUUCUUCGGAGGAAAAUGGACAACUUAUUUCGAAGACGAGUGACCUGCCUUCCGUUACGGACGCUCCUCAAGAGAGCUUACUGUCGGUUAGUUGUUCCCCUGGUAUUCCAGAUCAUUCUUCGAGUUCUGCUGUUCGCACAACCCGGUCAAAUGACCCUAAUGGAGCUCCCACUGUCACUACCACCAGUAGCGCCGCCGCGCCAAUGCAGCAUCCUCCGCCUCCAGCUUAUAUGGGGCCCGUGGGUGGCAUCUUUCCUUCACCCUUGACUAUGCAACCUCCACUCACUUUCCCACCUCCGCCCCCACCGAACACCGUACCCCCUAACAUCCCAGCACCAGAAACGAUAGUGCGGAUUGUGCAUGCAAUUGCCUCGCGAGCCACGGACUAUGUGAAAAAGCCCAAUGUAUUUCGCCUGAAAACACGAGAGGGCGCAGAAUAUUUGUUUGAAGUUGCGGACGCUAAGGAGUUGGAUAUGUGGGUAGACCGCAUCAACUUUGUUGCCGCCCUACUCUCUGCUCCUGCAAUGCCUGGUCCCAUCGGCUCAGAACGGGGGUUUUACCGACCGCAUCUGCCUUCCACAUGCACCAAGCUCAAUAUUCGCGAACAACUGGAGGAACACCAACGCCGUCUGAUCGAACUUGGUCGUGAGCUUGAUGACCUACGCAAACGUGUUGGAACUAGUGUACCUCACUCACUAAAAUCUCGGUCUCUGUCAGCCGUCGAAUGCGAAGACCUGUCCCCAACAGUGACAGCCGAGACGACGUCUGCGUUAUCUGCCCCUAUCGAACCCACAGACGAAGCUGGUGACCAUGCGACAACCACCCCAGUGGUUGUACCCACUACUCCGGGCACCUCAAUUACUUCCACUUCAGUUGCCACCACUAACGUUACCAGUGCUGUUCCUGCAACGGCAGCAUCGUCCACUACUUCUUCGUCUACGUCCUCUUCAAUCAUAUCCGUUUUCUCCUCAGCUAGUCUGGGCCGACGUCGCAAAACUAGUUCGGGAUCGAUUCCCGGUCUGGAGGUGACGGCUUCCCCGACCAUGACAGCAAGGCAGCGUGCUGAGCAUGAGGAACGGAUACAAUUCACUGAAUCUGAGAUUCAUCGUUAUAAGACAUAUGCCCGUCUUCUGGAAUCCGAGCUAUUCCAUAUGCAACAGUCCUCCGCUGCCGCCGCUGCUGCUGCUCUCGCUGCCGCGAAUAACACAUUUUCACCCUACAUAAAUCCCUACUUGCCAGCUGGUCCUUUACCUUCACUCCAACAUUACGGACCGCUCGGACUUAAUCCCGCCUAUCCGGCUUUUCCUACCCCACGUCCUCCGCACUAUUUUCUCCCACGUGACCAGACAACUGCAUAUGGCUCACCUGGUGCUGUUUCCAUGCCUGUGGUGGGUCAACAAGAGAGCUUGAAUGAGGAUCUUGUCAAAACAGUGUCGGCCGACAAACCGGUUGCGGAGUCAGUGGACGCACCUUCAGACACAGUACACGAUGGAUUGUCUGUGGGUACGUCUUCCGCGCCCUCACAAACAUCAGUCACCAGCCGCCCUUCUGGGAUGGUGAUCCAGUAUGGUGGUCCACAACUUUCGUCUGUCACUCCUUAUUCCCCCUCAGUUUCAACUCGUUUCUAUUCUCAUCCGCGACAGUGGCGAAAUCAACAUUACUCGUUGCACUAUCGGCAGCAUUCGGCGUUUGGUUCCAUAGGUCGGCCCAAUGGUGUGUUGCUCAAUGGGCAUCGCUUGACUGAAGAAGAUGUAUCAAACGCAGACGCAUCUGUCGAGCCAUCCACUUCCGACGGAACCCCAGAGACAACGGCUAGUCGAAGUCUCACGACUUCGCAAACGACCGACAAAUUUAAAACCUCUCAGCCUGUGCAAUCAGUUUGCGCCUCCGAUGGUGUGUUCUACGAAAUUGUCUAGCCCCUACCUGAAACACUUUUUUCUUUUGUUUUUUCUUCGUCAGUAAAUGGGGUUUCUCUCGAUAAAUCCUUUAUUUCAAAACUGCAUUCACGCAUGCUGUUGGGUAUCUCCCGUUGUAAAUGAAUUAUUUUCCUAUUUCUGCAACCUGGUCAUCGAAUGGACUUUUACGCGUGUAGUUUAUUGAACGAAAUCUAACCCACUUUUGAGUUGCCUACUAGGCUUCGUUUGGUUACAUUGCUCAUCCACUUUUGAUACGAUGCUUCUGAGUGUGUGCGUUGUUCGCUUCUAAAACACGCAAUUUGCACAUCCUCUCCCACCCCAAGAGGAAUUCCAUUCUACGAAGCCUUUCGCAAAACGUUUUCGAUUUACUUGGGAAAGAAUCGUAACCCACUCUAGUACUGUUUCACAUUUCGCUGGAGUUUUAUCCGUCAUUGCCCGUCUAGUCCUAUGGUGUGUAUAUUUGUUUGUCCCUUCUAGGCCACAGUGUCGUCAAACAACUAGGGCUUAUAAAUUUUUUUUUAUUUCAAUUUUGACUUUAGUGUUUCUGCCGUGUGUACUUACGACUCCUGUUUAAUCGAUCUUUUCAGUUUUGUUAUGUGUUAUCUUACAAACUGUGUGGAGCGGUUGUCUGCAUCCAUCGUUUUUUUUCUCAUUCGUUCUGUUUAAUCCUUUACACAUUAGUUCCCGAUGUUUUCUUACUCAUUUGUACAGUAACUUUCUAGUUCACCUAAAGCUUUGCUUCCAUUGGUUUCGAUGCUGUUUCUCCCUUUUAUCCUUUUAUCGAAAAUCCGUCCCUUUUCCCCAAUCGCAUGUUUUGGCUACACGAGAAGUGUGCGCACAGUCAGUCUUUCUUAUCUUUUGACGAUCGUCGUACAGCUGCUCGUAUCUCACCGUCGGUCUGAGGGUUCGCCCCUGCUUCUCUUACAACUCCAUCUCCCGAAGAUGCAACUCACCCUUGCGUGUCGUUUCAUGACUUGUAUGCAGGGCCGUCAGUAUAUCUUGUUCAUUUUCCUAUUUCUGUAUGACCAUCAACUUGGUUCAUUGCAAAUUUAACACAUCUGCAGGGUUAUGAUUAUUCGCUGAUCUAUCAUCAGUACCUAUUUCUGC